UUUCUGCACUCCGCGCUCCUCGUACCUGUCGAGGGGAUCCAGUCUGUGCGUUUCAGGAUCCAAACUCGAAAACAAGAACACCAAGCGGACACUGGCGACUCUUUUUUUUUUUUUUUUUAAACAGCUAUGGAUUUAUCCAUGUAAUAGCCGGAUCAACUACCAAAACAGAAGAAUUAUAAAGAAAAGGUAUUUGACUACGAAUCAAAACCAUGGACUGGAAGACCUUCCAAGCCCUCCUCAGCGGGGUGAACAAGUACUCCACUGCGUUCGGACGAGUGUGGCUGUCGGUGGUGUUCGUGUUCAGGGUGAUGGUGUACGUGGUGGCGGCCGAGCGGGUUUGGGGUGAUGAGCAGAAGGACUUUGACUGCAACACCAAGCAGCCUGGCUGCGCCAACGUCUGCUACGACCACUUCUUCCCCAUCUCCCACAUCCGCCUGUGGGCCCUGCAGCUCAUCUUCGUCACGUGCCCGUCGUUCAUGGUGGUCAUGCACGUGGCGUACCGUGACGACCGCGAGCGCAAACACAGGGCCAAGGCUGGCGAGGACAGCAAGUUGUACAACAACACGGGCAAGAAACAUGGCGGGCUGUGGUGGACGUACCUGAUCAGUCUUUUUGCCAAGACGGGCAUCGAGGUGUCCUUCCUCUACAUCCUCCACAGAAUCUACGACAGCUUCUACCUGCCCAGGCUUGUCAAGUGUGAGGUGUCACCUUGCCCCAAUCAGGUGGACUGCUACAUCGGUCACCCCACAGAAAAGAAGGUCUUCACCUACUUCAUGGUUGGAGCCUCGGCCCUCUGCAUCGUCCUGAACAUCUGUGAGAUCAUUUAUCUCAUCUCCAAGCGCAUUGCACGAUGCGCAAAGAAGAUCAGAACACGACAUCGCACCAUGAACAUCCCCCAAGAAGACUACAACAACGAGAACUCCUUCAACAACUACAACAUGUCUAUGUCGAGGCAUAAUGGGAAAAACAAGCCUCCGUCGUUCAGGGAGUUGGAGAACCCCAACCCUCAGUUUCUGCUCUUCCCUUCGCUCAGUCUUGAUAAAAAGAUACGAGCCUCCGCUCCUAACUUGUCCUCCACUUCAUGAAAAUGAAAUCAGGCCAGAAAUCAAGAGCUCGGAGCUUUGGCUGCGUCCCAAACUAAACAGAAAACACUCAGAACUGUGAGCCAAGCAGCAGAGUAUCAGAGCCAUCCCUUCUGGAUUCAUCCCACCUUGGUGUGGAAGACUUGAAAGAAAAAUCGUCCUGAACUUUGGUUUCCAAGUCGACACCAACAAUAUUUACGAGACAUCCAUUAAAGUCGGAUUGAUUUGUUUGCUGGUGAUGUGCGUGGUUAAAUGUCUGUGUGCCAUGUUUAUUAAAACGUUCCUGUAAAGGUCUUCCCACUUUUACUUCUGAACUGGAGUUCUGACUUUGCAAAAGGAGGGAAUUGAAGCGGUCACAUGGAGCAGGGACACACCUGGCGGAGGUAUUUCAGUCACCUUGCCAGUAUCUACAAUGGUGCGUCACUUUUGUGACCGAGUUUGCCAAGCUAUUUAAAAAGAGAUCUCUUGUAUUUAUUUUUAUACUGUGGCUUUAUCUUCAAAGUUUGAUGUUCAGAUGAACCCAGCACCGUACAAAAGUCUGAUGUGUGUAAACGCUGUAAGACUUUAUGUCCAAACUGACCCAAAAUGAGAAUUUCAUUGCUUUUUUUUUCUCAGAUAAAGUCAAAACGCGUUGUAUAUUUGUCGUCAUUGCUCCGUCUCCGGUUUAAUGCUGCACACUCAAACGGUGUUCGUGAUUUUUUUUUCUCUGUGUUUUGAAGUGUUUGUAAACAUCGCCUGAUCCAAGACCACCGUGGCGCUGACUCAAAUACGGUGAAAGGAAUGUUGUCUCUGCGAUUGUGCGAUAGCGCUGAAUCACAGUGGAGGGAAGCUGGACGGACAC